AUGGACUUGCAGUCUCCAUCUGUGCUGGCUCAAUUGCCCCGCCCUCUCCAUGCCUCUUCGGGCAAAACUCGCAUUGGAGAUGUCUACAGCCUCGCUGAUGCCAAAAAGCGCAAACGCUAUGAAGUUGCUGUUGCGGUCGACGGUGAAGCCAUCAACAUCUAUAAUGUCCAAACCCCCAAGCUCGUGACCUCGUACGCUGUUCCGCCGCAGUCGACAUUCUCUUGCCGCCCAUGCUCUGUUCGUCGGAAAAUUUCGCAAAAGUCGGUAGUAAAAAGACAGACAUACGCUGCCGCGAUUAAGCCAGAGCAUCAGAUCAAGUGCUUUGUGGAAGAAAUUAGCAACGGAUCAAGUGCGCCAGCAAUCUCUUCUUCAACAGCCACCAUCACCGAUUCCCGCAGUCCAACAACUUUCGUCGGUAUCGUUCCUAUCAGUGGAGAUGAUGAGAGCGAAUUCGACCCUUUCGAUGUUCUAGCAGUUCAUGAAGAUGGCCGUGUGCGCAGAUUGUCAUCCGAUUUGAAGACCCAGCGUUGGAGUAUCCAGCACAGUGAAAUUACCAAAAUAUCUUCCACCCAUGUUGUUCACACUUGCUUCUUGAUCGAUCUUGAAGAUGCGAGGAAGUCACUGUUCAAGAGACGUCAGGACUUGGCGGCACUCGCCCUGGGAGACCAAGCCGCAGAUGGAACAAAUGAGCCUUCCAUCCUGCUCGUUGUCUCGCACCCCAAGAAUGCUGAACGGUUUGCGCUGCAGGAUGUGAAUGUUCAGAUGUUCUCAGUACCUGCUAAGUCAGCAUCCCAAGAGGAAAGCCAACGUCUUCGUCACCUCCAAAACAUACAGGUACCCGGUCCGAGCGGAAUCGACAAAGUCAACAGCAAUGGCCUGCAGUGGAACUUCCACGCAGGAUCAGCAGGCCUACACCUCUCCUUUGACAAGGGUUUCAUCAACACUGACUUGUCGCAAUACGCUCCGUCGGUGACCUCACAAUUCAUUCUUGACGAUGAGAAGUUCUCUUCGGUGAUGCGCGUUUCUCCCCAAUGUGUCAUCGGUGCCAGCGAUUCCUUGGUCGCACUUUACGAUACUCAAUACCAAUCUGUGCAGCGAAGCAUUGCUGCUGGGGAGGUUUUGUCUGGAACAGGUCCCAAUGCACCCAUCGCCUUCAUCAGCUAUUUCGCGAAGCUUGGGAUUGCAGUGGCCUCGAAAGGAAACACCCUUAUCGGUUUCGACUUGACUUCUCUUCACAGCCACUCCGGACCUUCACUCAAGCGAUCCCGCGAUGGCCUUCUCAUUGAUGCCAUCGGACGCGGCAUUGGUGCAUCUGCUGCGCAGUGGGAUCUGGCGUCCAAGAAACACCGGUCUGAGAACAUGACUUCGCUUCACCUUACUUCACCCGAGCAGGCUGAGAAAUGGAAUCAGUUGACAAAAACAGUGAAUGAAGCAACUACAUCCAAAAACUCCAAUCUCUUCGAUAAAGCCGUCCAGGCUUACUUCAGCUCUCCUGAUACGCCAACGACCCUACCUUCCCGGGGCCAUUACGUUAACCCCGAAUCAACUCUUUUCCUGUUGUCUAAGAUCUUCACAGUUGAAAACUCAGUGUCUGAAGGCGAUGUUACAUCAUCUUCGUCAUCCCAGCUGCGUAUUGUGCUUUGGCCCCGUAUCACUUGUGCCUGGUUGAUUUCCUUGGGUCAUCUAUCUGCCGAUAAUGUCGAGAUUGCACUUCGACGUUCCUUGAAGCCCCGCAUCCUGCAGCCGCUGUCCACUGGAUCGUUUGUCCAGGCUCUCAUCGAUUCCGAUCCGUCAUUGAAGAAUGUCAACCAUGUCAUUAGUGGUCCAUCUGCCCUUUCUACCGAAGAAUUGGCUCACGCAUUGAAGUACUUUUUGAUUGAGGCGCGUCAACGCUCUGGUGCACUGGAGGAGACUACCCGAGCUAUCACCAACGGCGAUGUUGCCACACCCACGCAGGAGCUUACACGCCAGUUGGGAGACGAAACAGCCACUGUCAAGGCAGUCUUCAAGGGGUUGAAUACUACCCUCCAAAAGAUUCACGCCCACCCUCUUUCAUCAGUCACAAAAGCCCUUCGCUCUAACUUGUCGCGGCAAGAACUUAUCUCGAUGAUUCACCACCUUCGUCUUUCUCUCGCCACGGGUGGUUACAUGUCUCGGUUCUCCGAGAACCCUCCUACUCCCAUCACUCUUGACCAGAUCACACCCUCUCUUUCCCUUCAAACCAUCAGUGAUAUGCUCACAUCCUCGGUUGAUGCUGUCGGUCCCUCCGGCUGGAUUUCUGCUCUUCCCUCUGUCAACGACCUUGACGAUGAAACAGACUCAAACAUUGCUUCCGCCACCCGUGAGAUGGAACUCAUCUCCGAUAUGCGAUCUGAGAUCUCUGCUACCCUGGGUGGUGUGGAAGAAGCAACCUACUUGAAGGGUAUCCUUCGCGAAUACCUGCGAUUCGCCGACCAAGCAGUAACCCCGAAAUCUGCUGGUGGAAAUGCUAUUGCGAAGAUUGAGAACGAACCUACCCCUGGCCCGUCUCAUCUUGUCCGUCAUGAAAAGAUCAACGGCGCUGACCUCCUGGUGUUCGCUCGUCCAGGCGAAGGAGAGGAUGGUUAUGAUGGUGAUGCUAGUGGAAAGAUGCUGCCGCUAUCUAUGAAGCCCGCCUCAACCGAUGUGUCUCGGACCAAGAUCAAGAAGUCCACAGGUGAAAGCAAGGCCCGCAGUAAUCGUGAGAUUGGUUACAUGCGUCGCAAGGAAGUCGGCAAGUACUCCUUCGAGAGGCUUCUGGUUUAA